CAUUGUUAAUAAUCAGCUUCGACAGUUUACAAUUGAGGGCCUGGCGGAAAAUAUGACUUUAGAUAAUGCAGGGAUAAGUAAAGAAUAUGCAGAACGAUAUUAUAACAUGACAGAAGAUGACUUGAAUAGAGCAUUAAAUGAAUCAAAAGCUGCCCUUGCUGAUGACCCGCUUCUUCGGGAAAUAAAUUCGUCAGCUACACUGGUAAUGGAGUCAAUGAUUGCAGAAAAAGAAUCAAUAGAGUCAAUAAAUUUUCUAGAAAUUUGGUUGGAUGAAAUGUCAAACAUUUCAAGCGCGUAUUUUAAUGUUUCAGAGUGCGAUGGAUACAAAGACUGUGUCCUAUAUGCUAUUUCCGAAUUAUAUACUUCAUUUGAAUAUGAAGAUAUUCCAAAUGUAGACAACAUCCGAAAAGCCAUUCUUGAUUUAGAAUACACUUUGAUAGAUUUAUUUCAAAUCCAGUCAUUGAUUGAAGAAAUAGCAAUCGCAAUGGAUGGUAUCAUGUCAAACAUAACAUUUAUCAACGAAGCUAACCCAUUCUGCUCUGAAGCACCUAUAUUUUUGACGGAAUUGAAAAACCAAACCGUUCUAAAUGGUACAGAUGUGUUAUUUAUAUGCAAUGUUACCGGAUUCCCGUUUCCAAAUAUAAAAUGGUUUAUGGAAGACAACCUAUUACCAAACGAAACAGCGAUGCAAUUGGUAAUUAAUGAUGUUUCAGCAAAUGACAGCGGCGUUUAUAGGUGUGAGGUUGGGAAUAUUGUUGCUAAUCUAACAUCGACAGACACCUACCUUCAAGUCUUUACCUACGAUGACGAUGAAUGCCAAAUGGAGAAUGGCGGAUGUGAACAUACUUGUGAAAACUUGGUUGGGUCUUAUAUUUGUAAUUGUUUCGAUGGUUACAGACUCAAUGGAGAUCGCAGGAAUUGUGAUGAUUUAGACGAAUGCUUAAUUGGUACGUCAAAUUGCGAGCAGACAUGCUCAAAUAAUCAAGGAUCUUUUACAUGCGGAUGUAAAGAUGGCUUUGAGAUUGACAGUGACGGUCAUUCCUGUAAACUCUCUUCCGGAUUAGAUGAUCGCAUAUUAGUGGUGAUUGUGUCAUGUUGCGUUCUUCUUGUUGCAACUUUAGCUGCAAUGGGUACAUUCCUCUACUUUAAGCCCAGAUCGCCAAAAAUCGGACCUGAGAUACAAAAAGGCGACAUUACUUACAUUAAGCCUUUUACAGUUGAGCCUGCUGUAGAAUACGGCCCAUCUAAACCUGUUUUUGAUAUACAACCUAUCGGCAAUGGGAAGAAAUAAAAUGUUGAUUUACUAAACAUAUUUACAACGACAUUAUUAUAAAUCGACUUCCAAAAGUUGUUGCUUACUUUGGAGAAAAUAAUAAGUAGAUUCAUGUGAAAACAAUAUAAUAAGAGAUUGCAAACUUUGCAUUAUUUUAUGAUUUUAUUAGCUAAAUUUUGGUUAUAGUUGAAUCAAAACUAAAUGAUACGGUACGUUUCGUUUGUAAUUAAUGUAAUGUAUUAAACAUCUUUGAAUAAAUGUAUAUAUAAAAUGGUCAUACGGCAUCAAAUCCACAAGUGAGUAUUUUUAGCUAUGGUCCUUUCUAAAUUAAGAGAUGUAUUUAAAAACAAAAUGCCGUCAUUUUGUACUGAUUGGUUAGAUUGUAAUGAAACUUAGCAUUAAUGAAUAUGAUAGUAAAAGAAAUGAUGUUCAUCAUGUAAAGUGUGCUGUACUGAGUAAUGGCCGUUAGUUACUUUAAAAAAGGCAUUUUAACUAUACAAAUUAGCUAGAUUUAAAUAUUAUUUGGCAUAAAUGCGUGUUUCAAAAUGUAUAUAUUCAUAAGUGUGUCAUUAAGUUAUGGUUCUUUUAAACUAAACAUUAGUCAGGGUUUUUUUGGUUUUUUUUGUUGUUGUUUUUUCUUCUUUGUUGUUGUUGCUUGUUUUUUGU